CCUAUGUCUACUUGUAAUUGUAUUUUUCUUGUACAAACCUUCAAAUGUAAUAUCCAUAGAUCCUGACUCACGUCAUACACCUGAGUACAAAGAUAUCGAUGUGUUUAAACAUAAAGAAUAUACUAUUAGUCCUGAUGAAAAGUUCCUCGCAUACUUUCCCCAUAGCGGAUAUCAUAAUCAACGUAUGGCUUUAGAAAAUGCUUUAUUGCUUGCGAAACUUCUCAACCGUACAUUAUUACUACCUCCUAUAAUGCUUGGCCGACCACUUCCAUGGGGACGUUUCGACAAGUUGUACCUACGUUUGUUCAUGUCCACAAAAACUGGUUUAGAACAUUGUAAAUCUAUUUCGGAAAAUUAUCCUUUACCAACUGAAUGUCUCGAUUAUUUUUCCUACACUACUAUAUCUUGGGAUUUCUUAACUGAUAUGGAUGCGAUCAGGAAAUGGCAUAAGAUUAUAGAUAGACAGGAACAUACCUACGAAUGGCUUGAAAAGAAUCUCAAUAUAAAUCAAGAAAAUGAUAUUUAUUUCAUAAAAGACACCACUUUAUACGACUAUCGUAUUUAUGAGAUCCCUAAUAGUAAAAUUCCUUAUACUACGUAUUUGAGAAAUUUGAAAAUUGACAAUUUGCUUGCGAUUGAUCAAAAAGUGAUCCAUUUUGGUUCUCUAUAUGGUCCAUUUCGUGUGGUACCUGAGUUGCCUACCAGCUUGGAUUAUGCUACUUUUAUUCGAAAACAUCUUGUUCCAAAUAAUUCGCUCAUUCAACAUACUGCGAAACGUAUUAUAAAACAAUUAGGUGGCGAUAAAAAUUUUAUAGGAAUUCAUAUACGUUCAUCCGAUGGUUUUUUUAUGAAGUUUGCUAGGCCAAACAUCGAUAAUAUAUAUCAUCAAAUCAUUGACACAUUUACGAAUCUUUCAUCACAAGAAGUUGACAUUUUCGAAGGUGGCACUCAUGAUCGUGAUAUCUUAGUUGGUGAUAUUGUGGAUUUGGGUAAAGACAAUUCUCGCAAUUUAAGUAUUAUUAAACGCCCAUACCAAAAAGUUGUUAAUCAAACCAUGCUGAAGGAAGUAAAAUGUCGAAAAUCACUCCAUCCGACAGAUAAAGGCGUUAACACUGUUAUUUAUAUUGCCACAGAUGCUGAAUCUCCACGUACCAAUCCGUUACUAUUCAAAUUUUUUAAUACUUUUCCUUGUGUAUUUGUCUUGGAUGAUUUUAGUCAUGAACUGAUUGAAUUGAAAGGUGUUAGAAAUGCAGAAGACAAAACCCCCUUAGCUAAUUAUCUUAUUUCUGUAUUAGAUGCUAUGAUUUCAGCAAAAGGAUUUCAUUUUUAUGGUACACCCUAUUCAACAUUUAGUAAUUAUAUUGAAAAUACUUUGCAUCCAUUGUACACAGAAAAUAAAUUAUCAUUAGAA